AGUUCAGUGAAAGCUCUCAAAGUGCUCGCAAGUUGUCUUUUUUUCCCACACUUUCGCCACAUAAAAAGCACUCCAUACAUAGUUUCUCUUCUGUGGGUUCUCUCGUCGCGUCAGAGAGGCAUUUUCGAAGGGGGGAUUAGGGCGAAUACACAGAAGCCGUAAAUCGGUUUCUCUCGGUGGUUUUGUUGCUGUGUGACGGAAAGAAUUACGGAUAAAUUUGUGUGGUGAAAUUUUCAUGAAGGUGCAGAAACGGAGAAAAGUCGUGGAUUUAAAUUUGCCUUCACUUCCAGACCACAUUCAGGAAGUAAUCAUGGCCAUUUUGGGGAUAAUUGAAAAUGCGGUACAAUCAACCUGUUGAAGUGAGUCACUCAUGCAGUAACAAUAACAAUAAUUUUGUGGAGAAAUUAAUUGAGGAGAGAGGCAAUCAAUCAGCAUUCUUCACAUCACAACACCUAAUUGAGAACAGAGGAAAUAGCUCUGCCAAUUUGAAUGCAUUCACUGACAAUUUAUUGGCUGGAGCAGCAACCCUUCUCUGCAAUCAAAGGGAAAUAAAUGACAAUGUGAGAGUCAUCUCUGUGGAUACAAGCCAAAAGAUCCAUCAUCCCUCACAGGUGAAAUCACUCGGAGAAGGUGAGAUAAAUUACUUGAGACUGGGAUUGCACAAGGUGGAUCCACUUGACGAGGAAGACGACUCUGAGGAAAAUUGCAGCUCACGAUUUUCAUGCUCUACCGAAUCUAGCUUAGCAGACAGUUUAAUGGACGAUGGAGGCAAUGAUUUCUCUUCGACACCAUCAAUGAGCUCACCGGAGCCAAACUACACGCGUGGGAUUAUCAAUCCAAACUACCCGGGGUUCCAGCACUUGGCACAUACUCUCUCGGAACAUUUUGCAAAUUACAAUUUUGAACACUUGUCGGAUGAUAGCGAAAUUUCCGAGGAGUGCGACAAUGAUUUGAGCUUGGGCGGUGGUGUUGACUUUGCGAACAAUUUCAACAACAACAAUCACUUUGCGUCGACAAACAGCAAUAUUGUAUCAGAGAAUGGCAAUGAUGUUGAGAAGAAUAUAAAUCUGCUGCAGACGUCAGAAUGUAAGAUAUUCUGUGAGGAAAAGAAUUUGGCACUAGUGGCGUGCGAGGAGAAAAUAUCAAAUGCAGCAGUUGAUGCCAAAUGGAUGAAGGAGGAUGUCAAGGGGAAGCGAGAUUUGCCAACACCAGAUAUCCUACUCAAGGGUGACGAUACUCCUGAUGCGGACAAGUUUUGCAUGAGUGACACACCAUCGGACACAUCACCACAUGCCAAUUUUCAGCCAGACCUCCUGCGGAAUAUCGAUGGGAGUCGAGAGAUCAAACGACAGCCAAGGGAUGAGGGGAUUGCGGAUAAAAUUGAAAUUGACUCGCAAAGUCUGCAGGGAGAACAUAUCGACGAGACAAGUGAGAAGCCCAACGUUCCACCGACAGAUAGCGUGGCUCAGAAACCAAAAGCAGCAGCAGUAGCAGAUAAAAGAGCGCACCAUGUAAAUCGUAUGCCUGACGAGGAGGAUGAGGAUGAGGUCAGGAAAAUGACAUCGGCACUGUGGGGAGCAUCGCCAGUAGAUAUUGUCGGGGAUUUUGGGGAAGAAGUUGAGCGUGAAAUUGUACUAAUUGUAUCCGGAUAUAGGAAGGGCACAACCAGAGGCGUAUCCGAUGGCAAUUUCAACAAUUCAGCCCAAGACACCAAGCCCUCUGCAAAGAAUCAACCCAGCAGCUCAAAUAUCUCCACAUUGAUUCACAACAAGAUCGCUGAUGCUGAGCUGUCGACAGCUGAGGAGAAGAUCACGAUGCGUAGUUCGCUCGUGGAGUUGGAUCGAGGCAGUGAAGUACCGCGAACACGAUCACUCCUCCCAACGGCAAUUGUAAAGCCAAAGCAGUCAGAUAUUUGCGAAUCGACAGCAUCCGUGGAGUUCUGCAGACCCUGGAAUGCCACACAAAAUGUGAGUAGUGUGUCAACAGUCAGGAAGUUACCUUCGCACGAUCGCAAAAUUCGCCAAAUAUCAGCACAAAAAAUCAACGACACAACCGUAGCUGUUGUGAAUCCCCGCAAAAAGGACACCGCAGAGUUGACCAUGGAGAGGAAAGCCUCAAAGAGUGUCACAGGGAAAUGUGGGAGAAAAAUGGAUGAGACGAACGUGAAGAAGGAGAACAAAGAUUUAUCAGCUUCCUUCGACAUUUACAACAUUGAGACGGCACUCCCGAAAAUUGACUUGGAGGCAAUUGAAAAUCAUCUAAGGGUAGCCAAGGAGGAGGAGAGACGACAGAAGCGGAAUGAUCGGGAGGAGAUUCGAAGAAGACUGGCAAUGGAUGCGGAGGAUGAUUACCUCACGAGACCCCUCCACGGUGAUAAACCAACAAGGAAACCCAGUCUUCAGUCCAGAUUGCAGAGUGGGAUGAAUUUGCAAAUAUGCUUCAUGAAUGAAACAGCUUCAGACAAUGAGAGCUUGAGUUCAGAUAGUGAGACAUGCCCAAAGCUGUCAGCACUCUCCCACGGGAGUCAUUCAAAGGUGAAUGCCGUAAAGAAGAAGUCCCCACCGAAGAUGGUGAGGCCCAAAAUUUCACGUCCACUGAGUCUUCCACUGGCGCAAUGCGAGGAAGACGACGAAAAAGCGAAUUUCUUCACACGCCAGGCUCAAUUGCAAAUCGAGGCGAGGAUGGCAUUAGCUCAGGCCAAGGAUAUGGCCCAUAUGCAAAUGGAGAUCGAAAGACAGCGAUUGAGACAAUCACCCAUAACGGAUAUGAUACGAAAAUCUCUGGACAAAGUUGGGGUUUAUUUCCCACCGGAGAAGAGGCGUCUCUCGAGGUUUUUCCUCACGGAUCUCAAUAUCGCUCAACUGCAAGUCAUUGUCAAUGAGAUGCAUAAUCAAAUUGAAGUUCUCAAUGAGACCCUCGUGAAAUAUCUCAUGGAGCGUGAUGAACUUCAUAUGGGACAGGAUUCUAUGCUUGUGGACAUUGAGGAUUUAACAAGAUAUUUUGGAGCCAAAGAGAGCUACAACCUUGAUCCACGUCCACAGCUGAAGACUCUAAAAACUUCUCAGAGUGUGUCCCACUAAAUUCUCUGAACUUGUGUAAAUGUGAUCCGCAAGACGACACCAAAAAAAACCAACAAUAACAAUUUGUGUUAUAUCACACUAGUCAAAAUAACUUUUUAGAUAAAAUAACUCUCUUAUAAACCUUCUCUACAUAUACAAUCUGAAACUUUUCACGAAUGAUUUAUGAUUGAAAAUGGAUUUCUUAUACAAUAUAAAAGAAUUUUGAAGGAAUAGUACUGUGUCCCCUAUGAAAAAUCAAGCUUUUCGCUUCAAAUACGUAAAGAAAAAAAACCCAAACUUUUUCUCAAGUUUAAAAAAGGAAGAAAAGAAGGAAGAAGAGUAAGAUACAUUCAAUAUGGUAUUGUACAUAAAUAAAAUAUUUAACAAUCUCUUUCAUAUUUAAAUACAGAAAAGCAAACAAUAUUGUACUUGACGAAUAUUUAUUGCAAAAAACUUCCCCACAGGAGCUAUAUAACGUUGAGGGGAAAAUUUAGAAUUUGUGUAGCAAAUCAGUGUAAUAACUUAGUUUUUUUUAAUUUAAAAAGAUAAAGAAGGAAGUAAACAUUAGCCAGAUGCAUCACAGCAUGUAUAUUUUUCUACCCUUUAGGUGAUGUUGGUUUUGUUGAAAAUGUGUAAUUUAUUUUUAGGCGGGUUUUAAGGUGGUGGAUAUGGGGUGGGGGUGUAGAUUAGAAUGAAGAAAAAGAAGAAGAAAAAUGAAAGUAUUGGUGCCAUUGUAAAUUUUUAGAAUUUUUGCUGCUAUUAGCUCUAUCAGCAUUUUCUUAUCAUUCUUUCUCACCUUUUGCACAUCCUAUUAUUGGCUGGUAAUCCCCAAAAAAGACUUCUCAAAUCAAUAAUAUGAAAUGAGAAAAAUAAAGUUUGCCUUACAUUCUUAUGCUUUUUUGUAGAUGAAUUUUCUGUGAAUUAUUGAAAAGAAAAUAAAUCCAUUUAGCUUUUUCGAUGAGCAUUGUUGGGAAAUUCCAAUAAACAUAGAAAUUGAUAUUUUUCGAAAUGGGGGAGGAAGUACUCCAGCAGUGUAGUUAGAAUGAGAAUUUCCUCUUUGGAAAAAAAAUGUAUUAAAAAGGGAAAUUACAAUGAAAAAUUUUCCUGAAAAGUGACAAGUUAGUGUGUGAAAAAAUAAUUCUUAAUCACAUUUAAAAUGUUGAAUAAAAAAAAUUAAUUUAAAAAAAUCCAAAGAAAUAUAAUAAAAAUGCUUAUGAAGUUGUUGACAUGAAAAUAAUAUUUAAAAAACAAAAAACAUUUCGUAGUAUUUUUUUUAGUAGAUUUAUUUGGUGCAACAUUCAAUAUCGUGACAUACAGACAUCCAUUUUAUAAGUAAUAAUUUUGUCAAAUAUCUUUAAAUAUAAUUUUUUAAGUCAUAGUA